UUGAAUUUUCUGGCUGCCAUGGAUCUGUGGGAUCUUACCAACUUUGUCCUUGUGGCUAUUGUCUUAUUCUUGUUUUUCCAGUUAGUAUGCAGCAAAGGAUCUAAAACAAGUGUCCCUCCUGGCCCAACUCCUCUUCCCAUCCUUGGGAACAUGCUACAGUUGGACUCCAAGAAUUUUCUCACAUCUUUAGACAAGCUGGCUGAAAAGUAUGGCCCUGUGUACACGAUAUACCUGGGGCUACAGAGAGUUAUUAUUUUGCAUGGAUAUGAAGCAGUAAAAGAAGCUCUGAUUGACCAAGGAGAUAAGUUUAUAUACAGAAAAUCAUUACCAAUAUUUGAGGAAGUCUUCAAAGAGUAUGGUAUUCUUUCAAGCAAUGGUGAAAGGUGGAAGCAGAUCCGACGUUUCUCACUCAUGACCAUGAAGAAUUUUGGGAUGGGGAAGAGAACUAUUGAGGAGAGAGUCCAAGAGGAAGCCCAGUGUCUGGUGAAAGAGCUGCAAAACACAAAAGCUCAAGCCUUGGACCCCACCUUCAUCCUCAGUUGUGCUCCCUGCAAUGUGAUCUGCUCUAUCCUCUUUAACCAUCGUUUCAACUAUGAUGAUGAGAAAUUUCUGCACUUGAUGAAAAUGUUAAAUGAAAAUUUUAGGCUCUUAAACACACCAUGGAUCAAGCUCUACAAUGUUUAUCCUUCGCUCAUAAAGCACUUUCCUGGAAGUCAUAGGACCAUCCAUAAAAAUAUUAUUGAAAUUAGGGGUUUCAUAAUGAAUCAGGUGAAGGAGCAUGAAGAAAUUCUGGAUCCAAACAACCCUCAGGACUAUAUCGACUGUUUCCUCAUCAGAAUGCAACAGGAGAAAAUGAAUCCAGAGUCAGAUUUCAGCUAUCAGGAAUUGCUGUCUACUGCGUCUAAUUUAUUUGCUGCCGGUACAGAAACAACAGCCACCACUCUAAGAUACGGGCUUUUACUGCUCAUGAAAUACCCAGAAAUACAAGCCAAAGUUCAUGAAGAAAUAGACCGAGUGGUUGGCUCAAGCAGGAGACCCUCCAUGCAGGACAGAAUCAAGAUGCCCUAUGUGGAAGCUGUUGUUCAUGAGAUACAGAGAUAUAUUAGUCUUCUCCCCUUCAGCAUUCCACGAACAACAACUCAGGACAUCCACUUCAGAAACCAUGUGAUUCCCAAGGACACGAUUGUAUUCCCAGUGCUUCACUCCAUCCUGUAUGAUAAAAAAGUUUUUCCCAACCCAUACCAGUUUGACCCAGAGAACUUCUUGACCAAAUCUGGUGACUUUCAGAAGAAUGACCACUUCACACCUUUCUCUUUGGGAAAACGCAACUGUCUUGGAGAGAGUCUGGCUCGGAUGGAGGUGUUUCUGUUUCUGACCACUAUUCUACAGAACUUCACCUUGAAGCCUUUGGUGGAUCCAAAGGAAGUUAACAUCACCCCUCUCAUGAGUGGACUUCUCAAUCUCCCACCAAUUUAUAAAUUAUCUCUUCUUCCUAGAUAAUUGAUAUCUUUUUGGCUGCAAUUUCAUUACUUUGUUCCCACAGCACAGUCAAUUUCUGUUUCAUAUGAUAUUCUUGAUAUUUAGUCUUAGAAUGAAGCUGCUAUCCUCUUCAAGGUAAGAAUAGUGUGUAGAGAGGCCCUGCAAGAGUAUAUCUAUACAAGACAAAAGAACAAUGGAAUCACCACAGCCUAACAUUUAGCCUAAUAUUCUUCUUUGGCAGCAGCAAAGAACUGCAUCAAAGGGAAGUUAUAUGCUCAGUUUAAGAUUUCAUCUCCAAUUUAAAGUUUUGGAAAAUUUGCAAAUUGUCCUUCAUGACCUGGUCAUUGUUUCUAAAUUUUGUUAUGUACUAUAUACAGAGAAAUAAAGGAAUCAUAUCUUAGAAUUAUUUUUAUCCCAAAAGCCUUAUUUUCCACAAAACUGUAAAUAUGUGUAUGUGUAUAUGUAUAUAUGUGAGUAUGUAUACACAUAAAUAUUUUUAUAUACAUGUAUAUAUAAUACAUAUAAAAAAUAUACACAUCUGUCUAUCUCAGUGGUUCUCAAAGUAGGUCUAGAGAAUCCUGGGGAACCCUUUUAGAGAGUCUACAAAUUCAAAAAUAGUUUUUAUUUCCAAUAUGGUAAAUGUCUAAAUAUAAUCCAGAUAAACAAAAAACGCUUUGGAGAGAUCCUCAAUAAUUUUUAAUAGGAUAAAGAAACUGAAACUGAAAACAAAAGUUUGAGAACCACUGGUCUAUCUUAUCUAUCUAUCAUAGUCUACCAUCUCAGAAUCAGGCUUCUAUAUCUGCUUAUCAGUGUUCUAGAUUACUCAUUGAUUUGUAAUGGAGUAUCUCUAUUACCUUCAUCUCAAGCCCUGACAUACUGGAUUCCCUCUCUUCCCAUUAUUAUUAGCAGCAUUAAGGUAUAGUCCCUGGCACAAAACAAGCACUUAAUCGAUGUUUUUUGACUACUUGUUUUGUGCUAGUGAGUAGCCCCAGUUCUAUUUAAUCACAUUAAAUUAAUUUUCUAGAAAGGGAAUUAGCUUCAAAGAUACAGCAAGAUUAAAAUAUAAACUUUACCUCAAUAUACCAGGACAUAGAUUUUUUUUCUACACUACCUUGGUCCCUAAGUAAAAUAGACUUAUUCUUAAAACA